AUGAGGACCAUGCUAUCAAGAUUCUUGAGGCAAGCCCAGUUGGGCGUUCUUAAGCUUCUUGUGCCACACUUUUCCCUAAUUGCUAUUGCGUUGAUCUUGGAGCUGGUUCGGGGCAACCCAAUCCACAAGCAGAUAUUCCCUUUUAUAGGGAAGCCAUCUGAAUUUUCUCUAGAAAGGCUGGAUAAAGGUCUUUUAGCCUCCGUUGGUCACGAUGAAAGUGUUUCGCUACUCGAGGCCCGAGUUGGGGAGGCAGCAGAGCCGCAAAAUAAUGGAGUAAGCGAGGGGCCAGAACAACAUGAAACGCAAACGCAUUCAGUGAAUGGAAGCUGCGAAGACAUUUUCAAGAAAUUCGAAGAAGAUUUCAACGCCAACAAACAUCAGUUCAAUACCAUGCUUGAGACUAUGAAGAAUGACCAUAGUCUGGAGGAGAAAAGCUGCCUAAAGACGGUUGUUCAUCCAGAAGGUUCUUUUCUUAAUGAUCCUGAGUUAUCAACUGUGAAAAGCUCUGUAGAGCUCCAUUUUGGAGCAAUCUGGAUGUGGGACAAAAUCGCACGCAUUCUUCUCAAGAGCCGUAUCCCUCCCCCUCUAGGCAUCGGUGAUACAGUCAAACUACUUCAAGACGGCUCCACGAUUAUGAUGCGUGGGGAAUACACUGUUACCGGUGUUCAAAAUGACGAAGUUUCCAUAGAAAAGGAAGGAGAGCGGCUUACUGUCCCACGCGACCGCCUAAUUCUCACGAUACAAGACAGACAUGUUAUGAUAGCAGACAAAGUACUGCGCAAUGAGAUUAAGAACUUGAAUGAGGAUGACCCCAGUCUAUUGGAGGAUAUGGAGGAGGUGUUUAGGUUGGCAGGAAUCACGGAGGCAUUUCGAAAAACUCAACGAACCAACGAUCCUCGGCAUCUACAGAGUGCAAUGAGAGCCUCAGAGCUAUUUCACUGUACAGAACUACCUGGCAUCGAGGCCAGACAGAUUCAAAAACCUUCAAAAAGAAUAUACAAACCGGAUCCAUCAGAACUGAGCAGCAUUUACACCGCAAGAGCUGCAGUGCAAGCAUAUGAACUACUUCAGCUGAUUCGAGGUUAUACGGCUUUAGAGGGGUGCAGGCCGCUGACCCACAAGAGCCUCUACGGGACAGCGAACGAGCUUGUAUUCCGAAUGAUUGAAAAUGCUAGAUUUGAAGUUUUAGACAUGGAAGGCCAAGACAUUCUUUAUGCGGUCCUUGAAAACCAAUGUAGAACAACGGCCGCCUUUACCUUUCCAGGAAAUCGGCCAGAGUGGACCACAGUCAUUCCGAAGUGCUUGAAAGUAUGGGAGCAAGCGAGACGUGACUGGUCCCAGUUAGGGCAAGUCGCCCCUGGAUACUUGGAGGGAUGUGAUGAACGUUGCAUGAAAAAAGUACUGGGACGCAACUUCUGGUUUGAUAAGAGCAGAGUUAAAAGGCGAAGCAUUGGAAAGGAUUUCAUUAUUGCUGGCGAUGCCCUACGCUUUGCAAUGUAUUACGCUGCUGAGACACUCCCCUAUCUUGACCUUGUAGGGGGUCAGACGUGGAGGCUGGGGCGCAUAUUCGACAACGUUGCACCAGUCCUUGCCGAUAUUGGAAAAGAAGCUGACCUGCUUCUAUGUCUAGGAGAUCUUCUAACCACAGAAGCUGGGCAGACAGUGCAGAGGGCACCUGGUAUGACUGGUUUUGGCCUACCCCAUCCGCAGCUUUUGGCGCUGUACACGGCAACCGACCUCCGGCAUCACGCGAGCAUCGCAGGGGGAAAUCUGAAAAACUCCAAAAAACUGCGCAAGGCUGCCAAAGGCUCAAUGAGUUUCACCGCAUUUUUUAAGGUACUUUCCUGUCAUAUUAAUGAUGAUGCUGAAGCCCUCCACAAAGUUUUUGGCCCCUUCGCAUCACUCGCUAUCCGUAUCGCUCUGUUCCUUCGCAUCGAGAUUGAGGAACAAGGACGUAGUGGGUGGAAAGACGCCGUUAAAGUUUUCUCUGUUGGUUCCUUUGAUAAAAAGCUAUAUCGGAAAGUUGUACAAAGAAUGACUCACAAUGCUGGAAAAUUCAUUACUAAGUUUAUGGAAGGAUUUGGAUACGAAAUCACGGGUAAAAUUCGGAAAAUAAAAAAAAGAAUCAAGGAGCUUUUCAAGCGGAAGCCUAAGGCGAACGCCGAGACGGCAAAGGUGCAACACAGUGUUGGGCACAGUUUUGCGAAACUCAUACUCCUAAUGUGGGUAAGUGGUUCCAAACACCAACUGACCUCUACGACCAAUAGAAGCGACACGUUCUACAACGCCAGGCUAUAUCAAGCUCUAACAAUCCUAAACCAUGGCGUAGACCCAAUGGAGCUUAUUACAAAAGAUAUAAAGCAUGAGUGUAAACGUACCAAAAAUGUGGCCCACAAAUACUGGGCUCUACUCCGCAAAAGCUCCACGAUUUCGCGUCUCGCCGAUGAGCUAGGUGCAGCCAUGGCCUACGGAUUCCUACAUGGCCAGUCCUACUCCAAGCUUUCCGAUGCAGGGCGCUCCCUGGGUCCAGCCUGCAGAGGGCAAACAUCGCUUGAUCUCCUUCAAAAUGACGCCGAAUACCUCCAAAUUGUACAGCUCUAUCAAUGCAUGGAGCUGCAGCGUCAAGCGGUCGCAGUUUUAAAAUUAGCACUUGGGAAGAUCAGAAUGCCACCAGCGGAUAUUAUACGUAGGCUAUUCUCUUUCCUUAAGCAGAUUCGGGCAAUCCGCAAAGAGGGUGCUAAGGGUCUCUUCGAGGCAUACUUGAGAUGGGUGAAAGAAGGUGAAGCAUCAACAGAAGUGAACAAGUGGAAUGACAGCAUCGAAAUGUUUGAAUGCUCAUGGCACUCGUCACAGAGCGAACAAGAUGCCAUGGUCCCUAAACCUAACAAAAGUGAUGAGGAGGCUCCUGUCUCGGACCUUGCAUUACAGGAUGUUGGAACAUGCGCUGGUAAAGCCUCAACAUACCUGCAGGCAGCUUUUUCUAGCCAUGUUCACUACUCAGCCACACUGUUGAAACUUUUCGUUCGUGCUAUAUACUGUGCUGUGCUCGUUUCAUAUGGUAUUUCCUUUGCAGCAACCGCGAAUGCAGAGCUGGACCUACAACAAGGUCAGGUGGACGCAGUAUCCAGUAGCAUUCUACAUUCCACCAUGCUGUGA